GAGCGCAAUAUGUUUUGACGUCACGGUUUAUUGUGUCCCAUGAUUCCAUUGUCGCCGAAAGAGGGAUUCGGAUUUUAGAAAUUUUGACAUUAUCGAGUGCGGAUUUCGACUUUUGCGGAAUAAAACUUUAAAAAUAAGUAAUCGAAAAUACUCCGUUAUUAUAUAUAAAGGACCGAGAUCGCAACUGAGUGAGGUAACUUAUUCAUGUGGGACCUUGGCUACAAAUUCCAUCUAUUGACUAAUUAUUUCAUAGAAGUUAUUCCAAUAUUUAUUCUGAAUAGAAUGGUGAUAACUUGAAUACUAAUAAUAAUACAGUUUAAAUCAGAUAAAUCCAUCUGGUAUAAUAUAAUUGGAGAUUCUGAAGAUAGCAAUGAGUGGAGUGCAUUCACUUUCCAAUCAUCAUAAAUCACAGUUAACUUUAGCUUCCAUUUAAAUCUCGGUUAGCGGUAACUAUUGCCAGCAACUAAUGCAAUUGACUUCCAAACAAUCAGAAGAAAGUAGUAAGGAAAAUAUGUCUACCAUGAGUAAAUUUUCUACCCUCUUUUAUACGGUAGAAGUCGGAGAUACAAAAUUCACUAUUCUUAAAAGAUAUCAGAAUUUAAAGCCGAUAGGAUCGGGUGCUCAGGGAAUAGUGUGUGCUGCUUAUGAUACAGUUACCGAACAGAAUGUGGCCAUAAAGAAACUCAGUCGACCAUUUCAAAAUGUCACUCAUGCUAAAAGAGCCUACAGGGAAUUUAAAUUAAUGAAGCUAGUUAACCAUAAAAAUAUUAUUGGACUUCUCAAUGCAUUCACACCUCAGAAAUCACUAGAAGAUUUCCAAGAUGUAUACUUGGUAAUGGAAUUGAUGGAUGCAAAUCUGUGCCAAGUUAUCCAGAUGGAUUUGGACCAUGAAAGAAUGUCCUAUCUUCUAUAUCAGAUGCUAUGUGGUAUAAAACAUUUACAUUCUGCUGGAAUAAUCCAUAGAGAUUUAAAACCAAGUAAUAUUGUAGUUAAAUCAGAUUGUACAUUAAAAAUUCUUGACUUUGGACUUGCAAGGACAGCUGGAACAACGUUUAUGAUGACUCCUUACGUAGUAACAAGAUACUAUCGUGCACCUGAAGUUAUACUUGGAAUGGGCUAUAAAGAGAACGUGGAUAUUUGGUCAGUGGGUUGCAUUAUGGGAGAAAUGAUCAGAGGAGCCGUUCUGUUUCCUGGAACUGACCGAAUAUUAAAUAGUAAUACUUUAAAAUAUUUACCUUAUCAGAGGUUAAAUGAUUUCAGGAUAUUUUUACCUGCUCCAGCUCCUUAUGAUCAUUCAGUGGAUGAAAGAGAACAUACUGUCGAACAAUGGAAAGAACUCAUAUAUCAUGAAGUUCUUGAAUAUGAACAAACUCAUAAUACUGUUGGUCUGGGUAUACCUCCAGAUCGUUCGAGUCAUCAUAAUUCUCAAACAGCGGACGGUGCAAUGGAAGAUGGAGAAGAUAGAUUAGCUGAUUCUUCAACUAAUGGAAUGGGCAAUCCGUACAGUCGACGUAGAUAGAAACAAUAGUCCUCGUUAAAUUUAAACCUUUAGAAAUGUUUUUAUUUGGUGAUUUAUGUUCGAAGAGACAUUCUAAGCCUUCUUCUCAACCAGAAAUCACUGUAGAAGACAAACCAGUUAGCAAAAAAAAAAAAAAAAAAAAAAAAAAAAAAAAAAAAAAAAAAAAAAAAAAAAAAAAAAAAAAAAAAA